AUGUUUGUUGGAGAAGACAAGGAGAAGGUUACUAAAAUAGUACGAGGUAGCAUGCAAGAAUUGGCGGAAGUAUAUGACCCCAUCCUAUCCGAUGACCCCAGAAUUGUAAUGCAGAACGGAAAGAUUUUGCAAGAUGGCUCAACAGCAGCGAUUUAUCAUCGUUUGAACCUU